AGGCUAUGCUAUUGCUAACCGUUCCCCAGCACUGCAAUAUGUCCUCCACUAAUAAGAGAAGAGCCUUCCUCUCCACGCUACUAUGCUCUCACUUCUCUUUUUGACUCCAUUCACUUUCCUCCCAUCCCCUCCAAUGCCAACAAAUCCUCAUCACAAAAAACCCAAUGAAAUUCUCUUUCUUUCUCACAAUAUAUAACCCCCCACCCUUCAUUCUUCUCACACCCCUUCUCCCCAAACCAACAAAAUGCUUGAAUUGAGUGAAUCCCACUCCAAAAACUUGCACUUUCCCCUCACUCACAUCAUUCUCUUCUUCACAUGUUUCAAACUUUCUAAAGCACAAUCCUCCAUGGAGCCAGUUCCCACCUACAUCACCCACCACAGCUGGGAGCCUUCCGUCGCCAUCACCGUCGGCGCCAUCAUCAUCGCCCUCCUCUUAAUGGGAAUCAUCUCAAUCUACCUUCGCCGCUGCGCCGAGUCUCACAUCAUCAUCACCACAACCCAAACCACCACCACCCUACCGUGCUCCUGCGCGCAGGGGAUCAACAGGGAGCUCCUCAACACGUUCCCAACGCUCUUCUACUCCAACAUCAAGGAUCUCAAGAAGGGGAACGAAACGCUCGAAUGCGCGGUUUGUUUAACAGAUUUCACUGACAAAGACGCGCUUAGGCUGCUCCCCAAAUGCAAUCACGUGUUCCACCCUCACUGCAUUGAUUCCUGGCUCGCGUGUCACGUGACAUGCCCGGUUUGUCGCGCGAAUCUCAGCCAGGAAUCCUCCCAUGUUUCCAUAACCGUCCCUCCUCAUAACGAGGAAGAGGGUUCCAGAAACACAACAACAAACGAAGCUACCCAAAUUGAGCAAAGUACAAGCAAUGACGUUGGUCAAGUUUGUCUUGGAGAUCCUACACCGACCAGUGAUGCGGCUAAAAUAAUGUAUAUAAGUGAAGAGCAGCAACAGCAACACUCGUCUUCCGAGCCGACUUUUGAAGUUGAGUUAGACCCAAACACAAAUUCUACUACUACUACUAUUAACAAUAAUGGUGGCGAUGGGGUUGUUGUUGUGUCCGAGAGGAACCUUUCGAGGUCGAACUCGACGGGGCAUUGCAUUGUGGAGGAGCAAGGGAAGGGUGUGGAGAGGUACACGUUGAGGUUGCCCGAAGAUGUGAGGAGGUACAUUCUGGUGAACCAUGGGAGGAGUGUUCAACGUUCCGCGAGUGUUAAGGGGGUGUGUUGGAGUGAUAGUGAAGAGAGUUAUAAGGGAAAGAGGGUCAAUGGAGAGGUGAGGGUGGAGAAGAGGUGGGUGAUCUGCACACCACCAUUUGUGGGACAUGGCUGAGGAAUUUCGUCGAACAUUUAGUCUGCGUUACGCUUUGCCUCUUCUCUCUGCGUCUUUGCUGAGAGGAAAAGGUUGUGAAAAAGUGAAGGUUUGAGAUGUUUGGGUUGCUUCAAUAAAUUGGUCGUUGUCAAUUCUUGCAGAGAUUGUGAGAGUUUGGUUGUACGGAGAUGAAGCAGAGGACUGAAAUGGAAGAAGAGUAGAGUUCUCAAUGAUUGAGUCAACUCGUUAUGUUUACCCUAUUGGCUUAUGAGUCAACUCGUUUUCUUUCUUUCUUUUUUUCCGCUUAUUUUUUGGGGGUGAGUGUGUGAGAUCAGUGGCUCAUCUGCACAUUAUGUUAUUUAUUCUAUUUUAUUCAUUUAUAAUAAUAUACCUAGUAUUGCUAGUCUAAUUAUUUUCUUAUCAUAUUGACUAUAUAAAUUUAAGGGCACUAAGUUUUGUCGGACUUUGUAAA